GAGAUUGCAUUUUGCUUCUUUUUUUUGUCAUUUUCAAGUCUCCCUGUUUCCAAGCAUUCAGGUUCAUUCCUGAGAUGGCAGCAGGAGGUGGAGACAGGGGUCUUGGGCUCCCAAACAGCUCACCAAGGUUUCCAGAGUCUAAGGCUCCUUCCUGUGGUGGCAGCAGGGAGUAGAGCCAGAGGACCUGGGCACCUAGACAACCCACUGAGCCUUCCCAGUCCAAGAAACAUCCCCAAGAUGGCAGCAGGAGGACAUGGCCAGAAGAAUUGGGCUCCCAGCAGCUCACUGAGGCCUCCCGAGUCCAGGGUUCCUUUCCACUGUAGUGGGGGAGGCGGAUCCAGAGGACCCCAGCACUCAGACAGCUCCCUGAGGCUUCCCGAGUCCAAGGCCCCUCUGGGUAGUUGCAGUGGGGGAGCAUGACUGGAGGAUCCAGGCUCACAUGCAGCUCACCAAGGAUUCCCAAGUCCAGGGCCCCUCCCAUGGUACAUGUUUGUUUUUUAGGACCCAAGAACAUUCCACAUUCUGUAACAUUGACAACUUCCCUUGACACAGAAGAUUUCUUCCAGGGAGUUGCAUGUGUACGUGUCCACUGGCAGUUGGCACGUCAGCCAGCAUCAUGGAAAGAAGUCUGAAAAAUGUCCUAGUGGUCUCCUUUGGAUUCCUUCUCCUCUUCACUGCCUAUGGAGGCCUGCAGAAUCUACAGAGCAGCCUCCACAGCAAGGGUGGCCUGGGGGUGGCAACACUCAGUGCGCUCUAUGGUGCCGUUCUCCUGUCCUCCAUGUUCCUCCCACCCAUCCUCAUCAAGAGGUUCGGCUGCAAGUGGACCAUCACGGGUGCCAUGGGCUGCUACGUGGCCUUCUCCCUGGGCAACUUCAAGGGCAGCUGGUACACCCUAGUCCCUACCUCAGUGCUGCUGGGGCUGGGUGCCGCACCACUGUGGUCAGCACAGUGCACCUACCUCACGGUCCUGGGGAACUCGCAAGCGAGGAAGGCGGGCAAGCUUGGCAAGGAUGUGGUGAACAAGUACUUCGGCAUCUUCUUCUUCAUCUUCCAGUCCUCGGGCGUGUGGGGCAACCUCAUCUCCUCUCUGGUGUUUGACCAGACUCCCAAUAAAGAAUUCCUGUCAGAGGACCAGCUCAUGUCCUGCGGGGCCAAAGACUGCCUGAUGUCUACAGCAGCCACCAACAAUACCACACAACCUUCCCAGAAGCUGGUCUACACAUUGCUGAGCAUCUACACAGACCACGUCUGUCUGCCGCAUCUUCAGCAUAUAUGGACAUACAUGGACAAGCCUCUAUGCCCCACCUUGUUAAGAACAAAUGAUGACAACCCACCAAACAGAGAAGGGGAGAAGUCAUUGCCAUUCUGGUCCACGCUACUGUCAACCUUCAUGCUGCUCAAAGACAAACGUCUGUGUCUGCUGAUUCUGCUGCCUCUAUACAGUGGACUGCAACAAGGAUUCAUCUCUGGUGAAUACACAAGGUCCUAUGCCACCUGCGCCCUGGGAAUCCAGUUUGUGGGUUACGUGAUGAUCUGCUUCUCAGCCGCCUCCUCAUUGUGUUCUCUGCUGUAUGGGAAGAUCUCCCAGUACACAGGCCGGGCCGUACUCUACGUGUUGGGCUCAGUGACUCACCUCUCCUGUAUUGUCACCCUCUUGCUGUGGAAGCCACACCCAGCCCAGAUGGCUGUGUUCUUCAUCCUCCCUGGCCUGUGGGGUGUGGCAGAUGCUGUGUGGCAGACACAGAACAACGUGCUCUAUGGAGUUCUAUUUGAGAAGAACAAGGAAGCAGCCUUUGCCAACUACCGCCUCUGGGAAGCCCUGGGGUUUGUCAUCGCCUUUGGGUACAGCACCUUUUUAUGCGUCAGUACCAAGCUCUACAUUCUGGCAGGAGUCCUGACUCUGACCAUGGCGGCUUACGGGACUGUGGAGUGUAUGGAAUCCAGGAGCCCCACCCAGCUCUCUCCUGCAGGAGGCAGAAGCCAAGUAGAUGAAGAGGAAAUUCAAACAAAAAUGUGAAAGAGACUCAGCUUGUGGCUGAGGAUCUCAGAAAAUAUCAGCAAAGGGGUUUUACUUGAAUAUGCCUCAGGUAUAUACUUGAUUCUUCACAGCUAUUUUAGCAGGACAGUAUAUUUUACUUUUUAUGUAACUUUUUUCUACUCUAUAAAUUUUCAGUUGACUACUCUUACCAGUAGAGAUCAAGAGUAUACAAAAAAUAUCAAUUUAAUUUCAGAUGUGAAAGAAAUACAUUGAAAUUUGCCUGGAAA